AGGAAGUCAGUAAUAAUUUCGCUCCCACCGCAUCGUAUAGUUUACGGUUAAGCAUCACUUCUUGCGUCACGUAACGGAUGUACUUAUAACAAAGGCUUUUAGCAGCACUCAUUCUUGUUCAACGGGCCGUUUAGAAAAGGAAAAAUCCUGUUUCCUGGGAGUCAGUAGACAACGAAUUAACGUUGAGUAUUUAGCGGUUCAGUCCACCCAUCGUACGUAGGACUGAAUAUCAAAACAAAAAUAGACUUUAGGUAUCCUUUUACAUAUGAGUCAUCCGAGAACUAUACUAUAUAAAUAGGGGGAGACCAAAGCUUACUGAUCAAAGACGGUUGGACAAACUUUACGCUGCAUUGUUACAAGAUUUUUUUCAGGAUAAGAACUGAGUCAGCCAAGUUGCAUCUUGUUUAAUUUUCAAGACUUCAAGACCCAUUUGAGUAAAAUAAUGAUGUACAGCCCACUGACAUUUGUGCUGUUUGUUGCCCUGACCUUUCAAAGCACUGUCGCAAUAGAAUAUUCGCGGAUUGGUUGCUACAGGGAUACUCUGGUAAAGCCAAGACCUCUUCCAGAGCUGAUAGAAAACUUCCGAGGUGGUCGAGUAGACUGGAAUAAUUUGAACAAUACCAUAGCUGCUUGUGCUGAAGCAGCCAAGAAAAAGGGAUAUCUUUACUUUGGACUUCAAUUUUACGGCGAGUGUUGGAGUGGCCCACAGGCUCAAUUGACCUAUGCUAGAGAUGGUCCUUCCAAGAAUUGUAGCAAAGGUGUUGGAGAAGAGCGAGCAAAUUUCGUGUACAAGAUCAAGCUUUUAGAGAAAGAAAAUGAAUGCACCACUUAUCGUGUUCUGGACUCAGCAGACAGGUCAAAGACAAACGUCAACACUGUCUCCCAAGGAGACAAGUGCGACCAUUGGAACUCUGGGUUUGUGAGAAAUGCCUGGUACAGGUUCACCGGCGCGGCUGGGCAAACCAUGGCGGAUGAGUGUGUGCAGGCAGGAAGUUGCCAGACCACAAUGGCUGGAUGGAUGAAUGGAACACAUCCCAAGGUUUUUGAUGGAAUUCAAAGAAGAAAAGCUUGUUUUAGCUCGGAAAGUAAUCCUUAUAAACGCCAGAAUAAUAAAUGCUGUGAACGCCAGAUUUAUAUUCACGUCAGAAACUGUGGUGAAUUUUAUGUCUACAAGCUUCCAAGCACACCUGGCUGUUUUCUUCGAUACUGUGGGAGCGACGUCAUAGACUACGUACCCGUCGGAUGUUACAAGGACAUACGCUUAAAUAGGGCCUUGCCUACUUUGCUCGCAAACUACCGCGUGAAAAAUGCAAAAUGGCCAGAUAUCUUGGACUGGACUGAUUUGGAAAACUCUGUCAUUAAAAAAUGCGCCACUAAGGCUAAAGAGAGGGGCUAUUCAUUUUUCGGGAUCCAAUUCUAUGGAGAGUGUUGGAGUGGAUCAGCAAGUCAAAGUACCUAUGCUAAACACGGUUUAUCAAAGAGAUGCACCACGGCGGCUCCAUAUGUGGGAAAGGAUCACGCCAACUUCGUUUACAUGCUUACUGAAGAAAAUGAAUGUAAAAGCUACAAAAUUUUUGACGACGCCUCCCGAUCUCAGUUUCAUGUAACUAACUAUGGACGCCCGAUUAGAUGCGACAAUGGACAGUUGGAUGAAAACCGCUGGUAUAGAUUUACUGGCCGAGCAGGUAAUGCCAUGGCAGACCAAUGUGUCCCAUCCAGCAGGUGUCAAACGUUUGGUACAGGAUGGUACAGCGGAUCUUAUCCUCAGAGCUUUGUUGCAGCCCAAAGAACAAUGAUCACGCCUCGGUUUCUUCUGUUGCAGUUCUUCCUUAGUUGUUUAAUAGCGGCAGAGGAGAAUGAGAAAAUUAAUUUAUUCCGAGAUGAAGAAGACUUUCAUUACGAACCAAUUGGUUGUUUUGGGGACAAAUUGGACGUACCAAGGCCACUACCCCUUCUAAUCAGGAAUUAUCGCUCCAGGCCCUAUCGAGUUGAUUGGAAUAACAUUAAUAACACGAUACAAGCCUGUGCCAAAGAAGUAAAAAAGGCCGGCUAUGUGUACUUUGGUCUUCAGUUCUACGGUGAAUGCUGGAGUGGACCACAUGCACAUUUGACUUAUGACGAGGAUGGAAAGUCGACCCGAUGUGUAAAUGGUGUUGGAAAGCGAAUGGCUAAUUUUGUGUACCGGCUCGUUUUUAAAGAAUGUAAAGAAUACCGAAUUCUCCAAGCACCAGACCGGUCGAUUCAUCACCCUUACACCCCUUCUGCUCCGUGCGAUAUCAGUCUCAAGCCUUCGUGGUAUCGAUUCGAAGGCCGUGCGGGCACGGCUAUGGCCAACAGUUGCCCCAGUAGGUUCAAAUGCGGGACCAUCGUACCUGGAUGGCUAAACGGGCCACUUCCUUCCGUUCAAGAUGGAAUUGUGUCUCGAGAAAUUUGCUUUAAUCAAGACAGAGACUGCUGUUUCACGUCCACCCAAGCUAAAGUUCGUAAUUGCGCAGGAUUUUACGUCUUCUAUCUUCGAUCGGCGCCAUAUUGUCAGUUGAGAUACUGUGGCAACGGAAGAAUAGUUUGCUGUCAGCUGACAAGUUACCCACGACCCACACCGACAUUUAACACCUGUCACCGUCUCUACGUUACCCUCAAGCCACGAUUUAAAGAAAGUAAAUCCCGCUACAAGGAAGAAAAUAUGAAUUUACUAGUCUUAUGCUCUGUAUUUCUCCUGUACUUUGGAUAUUACACACGCUGUGCAGAUGCAUCUCAAUAUGUCAAGGUUGGCUGUUUUAGGGACAAGUUGAGUCCAAGAGCUAGAGCUCUUCCCGAACUAUUAGCAAAUUAUCGAGGAAAUAUCAAUUGGAACAAUCUGAUGGAAGUGGUUGAGAAAUGUGCAAAGAAAGCGAAAGAAAAGAAUUACAUGUAUUUCGCAAUUCAAUUCUACGGGGAGUGUUGGAGUGGUGCCACCGCUCCUAAGACAUACGACCGCUAUGGAAGAUCUUCUCCGUGUACGUCUAAAUCUGUAGUUGGUACAGCACUCACCAAUGUCGUCUACAGAUUUGCAGGAGAUGAACAAGAGUGCGUCCAAUACGAGGAACUAAACAAAGUUGAUCGCUCGGAGUCAUCACGCCUAAUCAGUGGAACUUCUCCUGCCUGCGAUAAGGAACUCAAGCCUGGGUGGUACCGUUUCCAAAAACCCGCUGGGAAUCUAAUGGCUUCUAAGUGUCUUCCGUCGGCGAGAUGUGGAACAGUGGUUACGGGAUGGCUGAGCUCCCCACAUCCAAAAAUGACUGAUGGCAUUGUUAAUGGGAAAGUAUGCUACAGUUGGAAAUCAGACUGCUGUAAAUGGGAUCAAGACAUCAAGCUUAGAAACUGCGGUAGAUUCUAUGUCUAUAAAUUAGCGGGUACACAGGCUUGUCCCAUGGGCUUUUGUGGAAGUGCAGCAUCGGACGCAUCUCAAUUUGUCAAGGUUGGCUGUUUUAAGGACAAGAGGAGUCCAAGAGCUAGAGCUCUUCCAGAACUAAUAGCAAAUUAUCGAGGAAAUAUUGAUUGGAACAACACGAUGGAAGUGGUCGACAAAUGUGCUAAGAGAGCGAAAGAAAAGAAUUAUAUGUAUUUUGGUAUUCAGUUUUAUGGAGAAUGCUGGAGUGGUGCUACUGCCCCAUUAACGUAUGACCGCUACGGUCGGUCUCUACAUUGCACCUCUGAAGUCGGCGGCAUGCACGCUAAUCUAGUUUACAGAUUUGUAGGAGAAGAAAGCGAAUGCCUCCAAUAUUUGCAACUUAGCACAAGGGAUCGCUCCGUCGAGUCCGAUCCUCCUGAGGGAUUGGCAGCCAUUUGUGACAAUAGCCUCUCCCCACGAUGGUAUCGCUUCUUGCGUCCCGCUGGAGACAAAAUGGCUUCUAAAUGUGUUCCAACCCAAAAGUGCGGAACAGCAGUCACUGGUUGGUUAAGCUCCCCUCAUCCUAAAGUAAGUGACGGAAUUGUAAAUGGAAAAGUUUGCUUUCACUGGCUCAAUGAAUGCUGUUUCCGUGAUCAAGUCAUCAAGGUGCGAAACUGCGGCAGGUUUUUUGUGUAUAAGCUGAACAAGCCGGAAGGUUGCCCGAUGCGUUUUUGCGGGAGUAAUGUUGGUAAAUUGAGUUUCUUUCUUUUCAUUUACAUUGGAACCCAAGAGUAA